UUCAGACCUUCCAAAUACGUUUUUUAACAUCUGGAUUUGAAAAUAUGCUGGUUUAAUUAUAUAAUUAUGUCUGCUGAUGGCUAAUCCACAGAGUUCCUGUAUCAGCAUCAUAAGCUACAUCUAAAAGGUAUUUUCUCUAUUGUGAAAUAGGGGGUUUGAGAGGGGUAAGCCUCUGUUGCAUAAAAAUUUGGCUGAGACUCCAGAGAAAAGCCUGAUCACUCUGUUAGUAGUGCUGGGUCUCUGGCCGGGAAGCUGCUCUCUGCUCCAAGCAGGACAAAACUAAAGGGUACCAGCCAUUGUGUUUUGCUGACAAAAAACAAUGAGGUAACCCCCUCCCCUGAAAUAUUUUAUUUAUUGAGGAAGUGGGGAAACUUGCUUUUGGUUCAUCAAUAAGCUUUCAUGUUUACAAGAUCAUGAACCUGGGUUCAAGAUCUAGGGUGGUAGAAGGCUCUCACCUGCUUGGUCCUUUGCAUCCCCUUUGGCUUCUGAGUUAUACCAGAGUUGUUUGCUGACAGAAAGAAAAGGAAUAGCAAACAUUUUCUCUUUUUUGCUGGUGUGACCAAACGGAUUCUACAGCUCUGGGGUGGUCUAGAGAUCUCAUUCGUGUUCCACAGAGUUUUAAGUGACUGAGGAGAGAAAAAUAACCUACUGUUUCAACGCAGUUUGCCUGUGGAGAGCUGCCAAGCUGGUACACACCAGCGCUCCUCUUCCCUCUUCCCCGUUUUGUAUUUGGCAUCAUGAGGUUGCAGUGUUUGCCCAAGUUUAAAGAAAGAUGCUCCACCAAACUUCUCCAGCAUUCUUACGCAUAUCCCUUCCUCCUUCCCCCUCCCUUCGCCCGUUCCGCGUUUCUCAGAGGCGAAAGCUCCCUGCUGCAGCCGGAGCGACAGCGCCGUGCCAGAGCGGCUGCGGCACGAACAAAGAUCCGUGGCAGCGGGCUGCGGCGCGGCGGCGGCCGCGGGGCUGAAAGGCUGCAGCCACGGCCACCUCCCCUGCCACUCUCCGCGCCCUGUCAUCUUCCAGGUGUUGCAGAUAUGCACGAGGAGAAUAAAGCUGCAGCUAAUGGAUGCAGCAAAAUCCGAAGGGGUGCUCAAAAUGGGGCUGCUUUACUUGCCCUAAUGGAGAAGACUGGAUACAGCAUGGUUCAGCAAAAUGGACAAAGAAAAUUUGGUGGUCCUCCUCCAGGUUGGGAAGGUCCUCCACCACCUCGUGGAUGUGAAGUUUUUGUGGGUAAGAUCCCUCGUGAUAUGUAUGAAGAUGAACUAGUUCCUGUUUUCGAGAGAGCAGGGAAGAUCUAUGAGCUCAGACUGAUGAUGGAAUUCAGUGGUGAGAACCGAGGCUAUGCUUUUGUGAUGUACACCACUAAAGAGGAAGCCCAGCUGGCCAUCAAGAUUCUUAAUAAUUAUGAAAUUCGUCCAGGGAAGUUUAUUGGUGUCUGCGUAAGCUUGGACAACUGCAGACUGUUUAUUGGAGCAAUUCCUAAAGAUAAGAAGAAAGAGGAAAUACUGAAUGAAAUGAAGAAAGUUACAGAAGGAGUGGUGGAUGUCAUUGUUUAUCCAAAUGCCACUGACAAAACUAAGAAUCGUGGCUUUGCCUUUGUAGAAUAUGAAUCUCACAGAGCAGCUGCAAUGGCUAGAAGACGACUAAUCCCAGGAACGUUCCAGCCCUGGGGUCAUACUAUUCAAGUAGACUGGGCAGAUCCUGAGAAAGUAGUUGAUGAAGAAACUAUGCAGAGAGUUAAAGUAUUGUAUGUCAGAAAUUUAAUGAUAUCUACUACAGAGGACAAAAUUAAAGCUGAAUUCAACAAGUUCAAACCAGGAGUGGUUGAACGUGUGAAGAAGUUGAGGGACUAUGCUUUUGUUCAUUUUUUCCACCGUGAAGAUGCAGUUGCUGCUAUGUCUGUAAUGAAUGGAAAGUGCAUUGAUGGAGCCAGUAUUGAGGUAACACUGGCGAAGCCAGUUAACAAAGAAAGUUCUUGGAAGCAACAUUUUAAUGGUCAGAUAAGUCCCAGUUCUGAAAAUCUCUUAGGGUUUCCUAACAAAGAAGAUACUCAAAAAUCCUUGGGGAAACCAGCAACUCUUUCAAUUCGUCUUAAUGGUCAGCACAGUCCAGCCCCCCCUGAAGUUGAAAGAAGUACAUACCCCAUUUUUCCAGGAAUAAAGCUUACUCCAGUUAGCAUGUAUUCUUUAAAGCUGAAUCACUUCAGUUCUGCAGUAAUGCAUCUGGAUUAUUUUUGCCAUAAAAAUAGCUGGGCACCACCAGAAUACUGCUUGUAUUCAACCACAAGUCAGGAUGGGAAAAUACUCUUGGUGUACAAGGUGCAUAUUUCUAGUAUUGCAGAUGAUUCUCAGAGUUACUUCAUGCCAGAAAAACUCUGUACAACAGUAGAAGAUGCAAAGGAAUUGGCAGCACAGUUCACACUUUUACAUCUAGCCCCCGAGCAAGCAUAUAUAACAUUGCUGUCCCUGAAUGCAGCAUGGUGGGAUAGUAAAGUCAACUGUACACCCUACUUGGUUUGAAUUUCCCCGAAGAAGAGAAGUUUGGAAUUUAUUGCUUUGGAUCUUGUCAUGAAAGGAAAAAGAACACCCCAAUGAUACACAAUUACUGGAAAUUCACAUUCCAUGUUCAUUGAUGAAUAAUUCUUCAAAGCAUGUGUAUUAAGCAUUUCAGUUUAAAGAUUAGAGAAAUUGAAUGUUAAAUUGUUUUAGUUAGUUUGAUUAAAUUUGGGUCUUAAAAGAUAAUUUGUUUAAAAGAUUUUUAUUACCUGUAAUAGUCUAUACAGUAGUAAUUUAUAUUUAGUGUUGAAACAGUUUGCCACAAUUCCUACUCUUGUAUUUUCACACAGAAUUUUUACAGCUUCUAUUGUAUGUAAUAAAUCUUAAAUGUUAAAAAACUCACCAACAAAACAGCAAGCACUAUUCUGGCACUCUUUCCUUUUCAUACAUAAACAUGCAUAAUAUGAAACUUAAAUACCAUCCUCAAGUCUGCUUCCGUUAACUUGAUGCAAAAUUUUAUACGAAGAACAUGUCCAGUAAAAUCUUUGCCUCUGAUAUAGCAGUACAUCAAUGAAAAACUGGCAUUUUGAAGGUCUUUACAUCAAUGUACCAUCAGGCUAUAUUACUUAGUCUUAACACUGAGGUUCAAUACCUUCAUUAAUUUUUGGAGACACAAACAGGCAAAAAAACCCUUGACAGAUACAGAUUACAUGUAUUUUUAUGUACAGCUCAUUAGGUUGUAUUUCCUGUUGUUGGCACCUCUUUGUUGGGACACACUUGUGCUUUCAUAUUCAUAGAGAUCUUACUUUUAUGCAGGCUCUCCCUUGAAACCAGCACCUGUGCUUGCCUGUGGUAGCCAUGUGGAACAGCAGCUUGCUCACUUUCUAAUCAGGCCAUGUUCUUCUUAAAAAACAUUGUUUAGCAUUAAACUGGAAAUAGUUUUUGAUUUUUAAAAUUAGAUAUAUGUAAUUCAUUUUGAGUGAGCCAUCUUUAUUUUUGACUAUUUCGCAUUUCUUGGUCGAGUGCUUUAUUAAUUGAAUGACAAAAGAAUAACAGCCUUUUUUUUACCGUUUUGGCAGUCUGAAACUAAUACUAAUACUGUAGACCAUUCUUAUUUAUGGAAUUUUAUAGUUACAUAGUUUCAGUUCAUUGACAAGGAAUGGGCCAGGUGGUUAAAUAUCUAAGGGCCUCACCUCUGCAAGUGUUGUUUGUAAGCUGUUUUAUCUGAAAAUUGUUUGUCAGAAUGGAAUAAUAUGUAGACAGAAAACAAUGCAAUGGAAAGAUUUCAAGUUGAAUAAUUUUUCUUAAAAGCAAUCAAUUGUUGUGGUCCAAUAUGUAUUUUGGUUCAGUGUAUUUCAUCACCAUAUUAAAUUGUCCUUUUUGCUGUUACUUUAGGUGCGGUUGUAGCAGUUUCAUUUUAUUUUAUAUUAGCUACAUAAUAAUUAUUUUACAUGUUGCAAUUUCUAAUGUUGAAAUAAUGUGUUUUACUUCUGUACACGAAUUAACAUUUAUAUUA